ACAACCCUUUAAUUCAUCCCAUAUACUCUUGAUUUCAGCCACCCCUCCGCUUCCUUCCACUGAAACUACCGUCCUCCCACCAUCCGCCGGGAACCUCUCUCGGCGUAGAUUUCUAAGCCGAGCGCUGACAAGAGAAAAACAUACAAAUUCCCCCCAAAAAAGUACUGGGGUCCGUUUAUUCUUCGUUAUUUGAAGAUCUUCUUGAUUCUUUUUGUUAAAUCUGUGUUUCUACAGCGGAACGUGCCAAAGAGAAAAACUAGGGUUUCUAAGCAGGGCGAUGAGAAGAGAAAUCUACAAAUUCCCCAGGAAAAGUACUGUAUCCUGUCUAUUCUUAGGUAUUUGAAGAUUUUCUUGAAUUGUGCUGUUGAAAUUUUCCGUUUCUAUAGUGGAAAAAAGACUAGGGUUUAUGUUCAUGAAAUGCUGGGAGGCCAGGUUUAUGUAUUAUGAAUGGAGAUUAGCGCCCUCUUCUCCUCAGAUUUCUCUAUAACCCUGACAGUCACCCUUUUUUGCUGCCUCUUUACGGCCGUUCUGUUUGCCUUCCGAUCAAAAUCAAGAAAAUUUUCCCAGUCAGAAUCCCGGUCCUCGAGCUGUUUCUGUUCCUGCAUAGGGAACCUCAGUGCGGGUGGUGAAAUGGCAGCUUCUAUGAACGGCGUAGAGGGUUGUAGUUGUGGUGGGAGUGGUUGGAAAGAGAUGGUUGAGCGCAGGCCUAUGGCAGUGGUGGCUGGGGAGAGGAUGACCGGUGCUUCCAUGAUGGAACAGCUGGUUCCCGAAAUUACAACUCAUGCUCUCAGCUAUUUGGAUUAUCCCAGUCUCUGUCGGCUGUCAAUGACAAAUUCGUUAAUGAGGAAGGCUGCAAAUGAUGAUAAUGCGUGGAAGGCUUUAUAUCAUAAGGAUUUCACAUUGGAACAGGAUAGCGUGACUCCAGCUAAUGGAUGGAAAGCGUACUAUGCAUCUACGAGAGAAAUUAUGAACAUUAAUGCUGAGUUUUUUAAGAUUAUCAGGGAAAAAUCACUCCCCGCAAUGGGUCAUUUGUGGCUCAAGGGUGAUUAUGUGAAGUGUUUUCAUGCCAAUGGAGAGUUCUUUACUGGUUACAAUGCAGUGAUAGAAAGCUGGCAGCUUGCUUUUAACUGGGAGCAGCAAAGCAUGGAUUUCCAGAUUCGGGAUGUGAGGGCCAGGGUGUUUCCAGAUUCUGCUUGGGUCACCAUGAAAGCAUAUCUUCAACAAGACGCAAGGCCAUUUUACAUGACCAAUGUUUUUGAAUUCCACAAGGGGAGGUUCUUGUCGGAGGAGAAGGCUCGAGUUUCUUGCCACCUGAUUUUCAGGCACAUAAAAGGCUUCUUUGUCUUGCUCAUAUAACAAGUGCACAGAAUGAGUUGGUUAUUGUCCCCUUCAUUUUACAACUUUGGUGCUUGAAUCUGACUUUUAUAAGCUGUGGGGAUUUUCUCUGUUCAUUCUCAUUUCCUAUGAGAACUGAAGAAGGGAUGACCUUUUAAGUUUUAAUAAUACUAAUACAGCAUACUUCGUUAUAUAUUAUUCGUACGUUUUUUGUAUUCUAUGUCGAUUUUUGACAAAUGAUAUACAGAAAUUAUAUAAUGAAUUAUACUCUAUUAA